AGCAGACAGGCUGGGCAGAGGAGCGGCGAGGAGGUGGCGCUCGUCUCUGCGUCCGGGACAACACACCGACUCUCUCUCUCCCUCUCUCUCUCCUUUACCGUCUCCUCCUGUUGGAGAUAAAUUAACGGAAAGCAGCUGUCGGUGGUUUCAGAGGCGAGGCGGCCGUCUGGCAGCUCAGGGAUCCCAUUCGCCUUUUUCUUUCUUCCUCGUCAGAUCUCUUUUCCCGGGACUCCGCCGACACCGCUACUGCUGCACCGCGCCCUCCGUCCUGAGCACCGAGGAGCCGCACCGCCGCACGCAGGACGUAUAGACAUGUCGCCGGGGUCCGCCGGCCGCCGUGGCUCUCCGGCGGUUUGAAAUGCAGUUUCGGGACGUUUUGGAGCUUCGCAUCGUCCACCGCCGCCGGCCGCUCUCGCCUCACCCCCCAUCGGGCUUCCCUGUGAUUCUUGUUUUUUUUUAAUGUUUUUAUUUUUCUAACGGGACUUUUCUCUUGUGGCUGGAGAUGUUCUUCGUGUCCGGGCUGAAAGUUGUGCGCUCCCCGGCGGAGGGCCUCUAACAGGUCCGGACAGUACAUGUAACCCGAGGCGGGGUCAAAGUUCAGCCCUGGUUGGAAAUGUGAAAGCGAAGGGGGCAAAAGGAGGGCUCUAUUUCCCCCUCUCUCACUCUCUCUCCUUCUUUUUCUCUUCUUUCCUUUUUCACACAUACACAUACGCGCCGCGCACACGCGCGCGCGCGCACACACGGGCUGGAGUUACAGUAACCACCACACACACGCGCACGCACACACACACACAUCCACACACACCUUCCAGGUCUAAGAUUAGAUCCGACAGAUAUGUAUUCUCCGCUAUGUCUAACACAGGAUGAGUUCCAUCCUUUCAUCGAAGCCCUGCUGCCCCACGUCCGGGCCUUUGCCUACACAUGGUUCAACCUGCAGGCCCGCAAGAGGAAGUACUUCAAGAAACACGAGAAGCGCAUGUCCAAGGAGGAGGAGCGCGCCGUGAAGGACGAGCUGCUCAGCGAGAAGCCCGAGGUCAAACAGAAGUGGGCGUCUCGCCUCCUGGCCAAACUGCGCAAGGACAUCCGGCCCGAGUUCAGGGAGGACUUUGUGCUGACGGUGACGGGGAAGAAGCCGCCGUGCUGCGUGCUGUCCAACCCCGACCAGAAGGGCAAGAUGAGGAGGAUCGACUGCCUGCGCCAGGCGGACAAAGUGUGGAGGCUGGACCUGGUCAUGGUGAUUUUAUUCAAAGGGAUUCCCCUCGAAAGUACUGACGGGGAGAGGCUGGUAAAGUCUCCUCAGUGUUCGAACCCCAGCCUGUGUGUGCAGCCGCAUCACAUUGGAGUUUCAGUCAAGGAGCUGGAUCUCUACCUGGCCUACUUCGUGCACGCAGAAGCCAGCCAAUCAGAAAGCCCCAACCAGGCCAGCGAAUCAGAUAUCAAGGAGCAGCCAGAGAACGGUCACCUGGGUUUUCAGGACAGCUUUGUGACACCUGGAGUCUUCACGGUGGCCGAGCUAGUACGAGUCUCACAGACACCCAUCGCAGCCGGCACCGGCCCCAACUUCUCAUUGGCCGACCUGGACAGCUCUUCCUACUACAGCAUGAGUCCAGGAGCCAUGAGGAGACCCCUACCCAGCACCUCCUCCUCCAGCUCUGCCAAGAGGAUAAAGUGUAUGGAGGAGGAUGUGGACAGUCCAGGAGAGGAGUCCUACUACCCGGGUCAGGGUCGAUCUCCGGGCAGCGGCAGCCAGGCCAGCAGCUGGCACGACGUGGAGCCAGGGAUGCCGUCGCCCGCUGGCGCUCUAAAGAAGUCAGAGAAGUCUGGUUUCUGCGGCGCCGUGCCUUCACCGAGCGGCGCCUCCUCCACCUCCUCCUCUUCUUCUUCCUCCUCUUCCCCCCGAACGGCUUUCACACACCAUCACCGGCCCGUCAUUACCGGGCCUCGAGCGAGUCCCCACGCUCCCCCCUCCGGCCUCCACUUCUCCUCCUCCCCCAUCCUGCAGCAGCCCGGCUCCUACUUCUCCCACCCGGCCAUCAGGUAUCACCCACAGGAGACGCUCAAGGAGUUCGUCCAACUGGUCUGUCCUGACUCCGCCCAGCAGGCCGGACAGGUGGGCUUCCUCAACCCUAAUGGUAGCUCCCAGGGAAAGGUCCACAACCCUUUCCUUCCGACGCCCAUGCUGCCUCCGCCUCCGCCUCCCCCGAUGGCCCGUCCCGUCCCACUGCCCGUCGACGCCAAGCCGCCCUCCACCUCCUCCACUGAGGGGGGAGGCAACUCGCCCACCUCGCCCACCUACUCCACCCCCACUACAUCUCCAGCCCAGCGGUUCGUCAGCGUCGGACCCAGAGACCCCGGCUUUAACAUCCCUCAGCAGCCACAGUGGUACCUGGGAUAAGGACUCCAGAGGCCCCUCCACCCUCCACCCACCUGUACAACAGAUUGCUGCAGCCUCCUCCUCAACCUUUGACGCCAGCUGCAACAGAUAGCCCCGUCUUGCCCCGCUCCUACAGCCCCCCUCCCCCCUUCUGCGUCGGACUCCGCCCCCACCAGCGCCAUACAGAGACUCAGCAGCAUCAGCAUGGCUACAGCGGAUCAAACGCACCCCUACCCUGGUGUUUAACACCCACUCUGUAAACUGUAUGUCAUAGACUUUCCUGUAGACAUAUGGUUCAUAUGUCGAUGUCCAUAUAUAGUGCCAGACCCUACAUGUCGCCCCCCCCCCCACUCCCAGAAACCAGACCAGGCUGAAAAAUUUGUGGGGGGAUUGAGCCUUCAAUUUUUGGGAACGCUGCAAGACUGAAUCACAGAGCUCCCCUUCUGGAGAAACUACAUACACACUCUCCCAUCAUCCUUUGCAGUGUGUGCAUCCAGUGGACUUUUAGCGGUACAAUUCCCUCCCUGCACCAACCAUCCGACCCCCGCCCCCAUCCCUUUGGAUUCGGAUGGCUUGGGAUCGGUUUGGUUGGUGGGACAGGAAGGGAUGUGCCGUGGUUGGGGGGAGGGGAGGUGUUACCUGGCUCAGAUACCACCAGCUAAUACCCCCGCUUCCCCCCACCUGAGCCCUCACACACCUCUUGGGAUGGACCCCAGCCCCACUUGACCCCGCCCCCCGGGUUGGUGGCAGGUCAGGGAGGGAGGAAGUCGACGAGGCCCUUUCCAAGGACAUGGACCAGUGCUUAAUGGAAAGACCUGAUGGGGAGGUGGUGCGGGUGGAAAAAGACGCCCUGCCUGUUUCACAGUAAUAACAUGAACUACACGUGAAGGGGUGGGGGUAUUGUGCGGAGGUCGGGUGGUGGGGGGUUACAAACAUGGGGAAGCAGGGGUUUGUUGAUGUGAAGUGUUGCGACCAGACGCUGGUGGAUCCAAGCUCGUUUAUCUGGAAGGCUUUGGCUUCAUGGCUCAUUGAUUUUUCUCUCUUAGCCGUCAUUUCAGCUGGUCCCUUCCUCUUCCUCCUCUAUCCAUCCACCAGUCUGGGUGAAGCUACAGCAUGCUAAGGGUGGGCAGAAAACUCUGGUGUCCGAAACGAAGCAGGCAGACAGGAGCGAGAUGAGUGACUAAAUCUUUACCGGUGGAAUAUUGAUCAUGAGGAAAGUGCAAUUUUGUUGGCUAGCUGUUGGAUAGUUAAAUAUCUUUGUAAGAUAGCUCGUUGAAAACAGUUGUUGAAAAGUAUAUAUAAAUAUAUAUUUUUCUUCCUAGUCCGCUCACACCUCUGGGACUCUAAAAUAUUGGGGUACAAAAGACAACAGCGUUGAACUAGAAACCAUAGCCUUGUGAGAAAUAAGGGGAGCUGUAUUCACUUUUAUUGUUUAUUAUUUGUUGUUUGUUCAUCUUGAAAAGCUGUUAGCAUGGUAGAACAAGAAUCCCUUUAAGAAAUAUCAUAAUUUUAAACAAGCAUUUUUUAAAGCAUUUCUUGCAGCUUAAGUCUGCUUUUCGUUUUGUUUAAAAGAAAAACGCUAAGCGAUUAACUUAUUUUAAUGAGCACAUUGUUUUGCUUUUACAAAAGAAAAAUUUAAAAAGCAAUUUGAAUUUCUCAUGAGGCAAAAUCAGGAGAAAAGAUAACGAGUGAAUCUCAGCUUAAAAGUAAUCACGUUUUCUCCGGUUUCUGUUGGCGAGAUAAUCUUUAACGGGUGCCGCCCGGUGGCGGGCUGCCCAGUGAUUGGCUGGGUCUCCUAGAGCUCCUGUCCAAUCAAAAGCACUUAUUCCUGCAGUUGGCCAAUGGCCCGCGAGUGUGUAAUCAGGGGGUGUGGUUUAGCGAUAAAGAGGCAGAGCAGAGGGUAACUCUCUGGAAGCUUUCGUCCACAAAUAGACAAGACAGCCGAGCGCUUCACAUGCAACUUACCAUUUUAUUGAACUUCAGUUUUGUUUUUCUUUUCCUAUACUAUAUAUAUAUAAAUAUAUAUACACACACACGCACACACACACACUCUUACGACCAUCCAGCGUCGAACAAAAGUGAAUUUAAGUGAAAAAGUUACAAAAAAAGAACAAAAAAAUCUGCAUGUUUUAGUGUUAGUGAGAAAUUUUUCCAUAGAUGAUGUAGUUAGUGAGAUAAAGACACUAUAUUGUAAACCCAACAUCAGGCACUUGCCAGCAGCCGUCUAUUAGUUUGGCCCCAUCGAGGCCUUUUCUAUUGCUCUCCUUCACAAACAACCAGCUCUCUUCGCGUUUCAGCAAUUCUCCGUUCUUUUUAUUUCUCCCUCCUACCCUUCCUCCUUCCUCACUUCCCCUUCAUCAACAGAUCAAUUCUGCUUUUCAGUUCCGCACCGUUCUCUUUCAUCCGUACGUCAUCAAAUUGCACGAAAACAAUUGUCCCUCAUCAAUGUGCCUUGAGCUACGGUCCGGUCCUGAGAGGGUGUACAAGAUCCAAUGUGGAGAGUGUUACGUUAUCGUUUCUUCCUGUUUUCUUUUCUUUUUUUUCUCUCCACCCUCCGCACCUGAGAUUUUGUAGGCAACUGGAGCGAUUAACAUCAAAGCGUUAAAGCUGAAGAGGAACGCUGUGAUUUCCAGAAUUACUCGCUCUUGCUGGUGAACUCUCAGUAUUACAAGGUCUCCCCGGCUACACCAGCCACAGUCAGGUCAACCAUCUCCAGAUCUCUGCUAACCAGUGGCAACACGUUCAAAUUUUGUGAAAUGAGCACGAAGUCUGAGGUUACGUAAUGUUGGCAGGAGUAAUGUGAAGACGACACUCAUCUUCAAUGAAAAUCUCGUGUAAAAACAUCAUGAGGUGAGGAGGACAUGUUUUGCUGUGUGGCCUGUUAGCUACAAGUCGCGUGCGGCAGCUAAAAAUGUUUCUAUUCAGGUUAGCUAAACGUUCAGUUCAACAGCAAACACACUAACGUUAGCUAACAGUUUAGCAGCUAAAAUUGGUUUGAAGAGGAAAUUAGUUUAAGGACAUACUUCCUCACCCCUAACAGCUCCGUUUAGCAACUAAAAAACGUUUGAUUCCAGUUAGUUAAGUUAAGUGUAGCUAUUAAAAGUGAUUGAUUCAAGUUAGCUUACAGUUGAGUGGCUAACAUGCUUUGAAUCAGGUUCGCUGACGUUUGGUUGGGUUGCAUUAGGUUUGGUUCAGCGUUACUAACAGUUGGAGUGACGUUAGUUAAAUGUUUAUUAUAGCGGCUAGAGGUAUUUGGUUCAGCUUGGCUAACAGUUAUUAAUUCCAUUUAUUUCCUGCUCCCUAACAGUCCACUUUAACGGCUACAACAGUUUGGCUCCUCUUAGCAACUUGAAAAAACUUCCAUAUACAUAAGCGUGGUGAUAAUUUCAUUGGAUUUAUACAUUUGUAGUGAUUAGAUGAAAGACUAGGGCUGUUUUUUUGUUUUUUUUCGUUUUACAGUCGGAAAAGUGUGUUUUCAAAAGAAACGCACACAGUGAAGUGGAGAUCUGUGAGACGAGAGUGAUUUGGUGAAAACACACAUCUCCCUCACUUUUUGUGUCGUUGGCGGUUGAAGACAUCGUGCUUGUUUCACUAAAUUUGCUGAUGCCGGUAUCUUGAUGGAGCAGACGGACCCUGUAACUGCUCACUACCUGGUAGAUUGGUUCAUAUUAACCAUAUUUACCCCCACCCAUCCCCUUCAUCCUGUCCUUUGUCUGGUGGGAUGAUUUUUACGUCUGUCGCUGCAAUCUCCGAACGGCAAAACCUUUUCUUUUUGAGUCCUCCUGUUUUCAUUUUUAGUUUGUUCGUUCUUCUACUUUUGUUCCCACAUAUGAAUAAUGAGGACAUAAAAUAUGCAAUACCUGCUUGCACUCACUUAGACUUAUUUUGUCUUAUAUUGUUUAUUUAGUCUGGUUUUUCUCUCUCUUUACUUUUCAACCAAAGUUAGCGUGCACAUGACUGACGUCGUGCUCCAUGGUCGGUCCCUAAAAAUGGUGAAGCCAGCUGCAGCGAUGCUCCAGCCAAGCUGAGCCGCCGUCGCGCGGGGAUUCCUUCCUUCCUGUUUCAGUAAUCUACCAGGCGGCCACAAUACUACAUUCGGGUCUCUCUUUCCUAGAAGGUUUUUGUUUUUAUUUCUUCGGUCACAAGCAAGCCUUAAACAAGUCCAACUUCUUCUCCAUCGCACAGAAAACAGUUAAUCGAAAACAUUUUUGAUGACGUCCAGCAUUUUAACCGAGCCCUGCCCUGCUUGGCAGAGGUUUUAGUGAAUAAAUCUGUUUACCCGUUCUGCGUUCAGUCCACCUAUGAAAUUCAACGGACAGCGACGCGACGCCGUUGGCUGUGAUGGUUUAGUAGUUCCACUUGUGUGGGUUGUGUGUUUCCUCUUAGUGUGACAUGUUUGUUUUGUCUCUGUUCUUGCCUACCCUUUGGCCAUGAGUUGGGCAUUACUUCCUUAAUUAUCUGCACUAAAUAUGAAAUAAAUGACAAUAGUGAAAAAGUAUGUAAUUUAAAAAAAAAAAUACAGCUUCCAGGGCUUAAAAAGAGCGAAGGGAAUAAAAAAAAAAAUUGCACGGACAUUUUUUUCAAGUGUCACAAAAACCUCGUGAAACAGCCGAGCAUCUAAUCAGCAACUUUUUGGCUGUUUGUGUGUAAGAUAACGACAAAAUUGCACCCUUUUUAAAGAAAGAAAAAAUGAAAAAGAAUAUAAAAGCAAUAGUUUGGGCAGUGUGUUGUUUUGUUCUUGUGUUGUGUGUGUACUUUAGUUCUGGUACAGCAGCGAAGAGAAGCAGAGAAGAGUUAGCUCUUAACGAAUGGGAGGGCAGAGCAGCAGGGCCACUCGGCCUGACUGGGAGACGUGUUUGUAUGUUGUAUAGUUUUAUUAAUUACACUGAUUUUAAAGCUGCCCUAUUUUAUAAUGCAGGACUUUUGUAACAUUGAUUAAAUGAGGAAAAACUAGUGUUGUGAAUUUUCUGAUUGUUUGUAUCGAGGCCACAUUACUAGAACUGGUUUGGUUUGUUUUCUGGGAACUGGAUUUAAGUUGAAAACUUUCCUGUUUCCUUAUUUUCUUUAUUUUUCUUUAUUUGCUUUCCUUUUUGUAUGUAUUUAAGGACAUUUCCUCUUUGAUGGUAAAGCAUAUGCCUGUACUUAAAAAGUAUAGGGCGCUGUGGUGAUAAGACCAUUGUAAAUGGAUGUUACGGUAUGCUCUAUGUUUGAAGGUUAUUUGUUGCAUCAGUGUUGAUGAAGCUAAAUUUAGGUAAUUCUGAGGAAAAUUGGUAAGAGAAGCGAGCGUUUUUUAUGCAUUUUAAAAAUUUAGUUUUAGGCAGGAGACAAUGACAUAGCCAGCCAAAGGAUGCCCCUACUAUAAAUGCAUCUAGGCAUCAUUUUUUGUGUUCACCAUUCCAUGCAGGAAAAUAAAC